GCAGAAGACCACAAAACCACAUCCUUCACGUCAUGCUGUUGAAUGGACCUGUCGGUGAAUAGGACAGCAUUGAGUCGGGAUAUGCAGUAGGAAGUGGUAAUAAAAAAUAAACCUAAUGUUUGUUAAAACAAAAACUUUAUAGCAGAUAAAUGAUCAGAGUCUCACUGGAAGAUUUGGAUAUGUUUGGUAUAAAAUAUUGGCUCGGAGGAUUAAAGCGCAUCAGAUAUAGUUUUUGCGAUGUGUAACGGUCAUCUGAGCUGAGCUGAGCACCGAGUGUGUGUGUGUGAGUGUGUGUGUGUGUGUGUGUGUACUCUGUAUGAUGGCUCUGUUCUCCACGGCCGUUUUCCUGCUCGUGUUCUGCGGAUUUAUUCAUCACACAGAUGGAGCAUGUGAUGUGAGCUGUACCACGGACUACAUCUCAGCACUGAAUUGUUCCUGUUCGUGCUCUGAUAAAACACUGCCCUGUGAGGUUCAGGCUAACUGCAGUGAUGAGGUGGGCUCUACAGAUGGGAGAUGUGUCAUCAGACCACCGCAGCAGUGGUGUACCAUACAGCCAGAUGACUUUUUCAUGAUCACAAACCCUGACACAACAUGCACACUCAAAGUAAAACAAGUCAACCUGCAAAGCAGCAAAGAAGAAUACACUUCAUCAAGAGUUAUGCUCUUGGACCAGAUGAUUAAGCCGCAGCAGCCUGUCAAUCUAACUCUCACUAACAAUAAUAAAGAAUACAACCUCUCCUGGGAUAUGGUUUAUAAAGAGGAGAAUGUCGAACUGUUCGGGUAUUUGAUGUACCGGGUGCGGUUAAGGCCAAAAGACACCACGGAGGAGGGGCAGCUCACAGUGUACAACGUUAAAGAAGACCGCAGGUAUCAUGAGAUCCAGUGUGAGCUGCUGUCUCCAGGGAUAGUGUAUGUGUUUGACGUUCAGGCCUCAGUGAACCCCCAGCAGAAGAACCUCGUCGGUGAAACUGCAUGGAGCGAGUGGAGUGAGAGUGUCGUGUUCACCUGCCCCGGCCCAGUCCCCGACUUUACAUGGACAUCCAUUCCUUUACUGUUCGUCCUGACGGUGCCUUUGCUUCUUCUCUUUGUCCUGGGAUUUUCUGUGAUGAACAAGGGCCUGCUUAAGAAGUCGUGUCUGUAUCAGUAUAUCCCGGACCCCCACAAUUUCUUCAAACCACUUUAUCACACAUACCAAGGGGACUUCAAGAAAUGGGUUGGACCGGUGUUUACCUUCAGCAGUUUUGACGUGUUGGAGAAAAGCGCUCCGCUGCAGGUGCUGAGUGAGAAACAGCUUGCUGCCAUGCCGCUUCAGAGGCCUCUUCUCCACGAUCAAGGAAGUGGAGGCAGUAGUUCAGGAGACUGGAGUCUUCUCAGCUUGAUGAACCCAGACUUGUCCAAGCGUUACUUCCUUGGAGGCAGCAGCCUUGGCCUACCGCACUCCGGAGGCCACAUCUCCAUGGAUACCGUGACCGUCUCCGGACAGGAGGGUUCCAUGUCGGAUUUUCACGAUUGUAAUCUGCGUGCAGCUCAGGUUCCCGACGAGGCCGAGGACCCGGAAGAAGGCAGGCGGGAGGGUUCAGAAGGACAGGGAUUCGAAGAUUGGCAGCUGCAGGACAACGACACAGAGAACGGAGAAAAGCUCUCCCUGGAUUCGUUUAGUUCCACCGAACACUCUGAUGACGGUUAUCCUCAAAUUGUCCUCGACUUGGACACCAUUGACAGUGGAUUCUUGGAAUCAGACUGCUCGAGCCCUGUAAGCUCCGAAUGCGAAAGAAUGGAUGCUGCUUUACUGGGUGACACUGUGGGGACCCAUUCGAACUAUGUCAAGCAGUGGGUGGCAUUUAUACCAGCCUCAGGAGAAAAUAGCAACUCUAUGUAGGAAAUUUCUUUUUCUGUGAACACUGACAGGGUAACGUGUAAAGGGUUUUUAGUAUUGCCUAAAACAAAAACAUCAUGCUUGCACAUUUAUCAGCCGUUUUUAUAAGACUGCAGGCAAAACGGCUGUUAAAUAAGAGAUAAAAGAUAAAAGACUACAACCCGAGGCAUUCAGCAAUAAAAGACUCAUGGCAUGGGUAUCUGCCUGAUUGUAAAUCUUCCACAAAUAAAGCAACAAAAAAAAAAAAAUGCUGAUGCUUCCACUUUGUGCAGAUUUUAUUUUGGCAUUGAUCAAACGAAGAGGAAACUGAGAUAACACGACAUGGGCAUUCUUGUCAUGCGGACUUCAUCUGAUAUACAACGAUAUGCAAAAAUAUCAGAUCAUGCAUGUGUUGAUGCAAGCUGUUCUUGCUGAUUUCAGCUACUGACUGUUUUCCAAAACUUAAGCAAAGUAUAAAUCACAUCCAGGUCCAUUUUGGUUGUCGACUUGAAAUAUAGUGAGUAACAAUGAUUUUUUUUUUUUGCAGUAAUAUCACAGUGUCCCGAAGCUUAAGAGUGUCAAAGUUCAUAACGUGCACUGUUCACACACAUUUACUCCAUUUUUUUUUCUUUUGCAAACUCAAGUAGUAGCAUUUUUCUUUCCAUAAUCAAACUGACAAGAAACAAAUAAAGGUUUCAUCUAUCA